GAUAUAAACAUAUAUAUAUCCAUGCAAAAUUUCUCUAUAAGUCCUGAUAAUUUUGUAAAAUGCUUUAUUUCAGAUUUCCCAACAAAAGGAUACAUUCAUGUGCACAGAGAAAUUGUUCACUGUCACCCGGUGAUUACAAGUUUGUAAAUAAAAAGCGGCAGAAAUGGCUGUUGAUUUGACAACAGGAUCUUACGAUGAAGCUGGUGUAUUUAGUAAGCACAAUGAAGCUCCGAAAUCUAUUGCAAAAAAAUCCAUUGAAGAUAAUAUGGGAUCUCUAAAAUCCUUCCAAGUUGUAAAAAUUUUGAAGGAAUGCUUGUCUACUAAAUCCAUUGUUGUUGAAGGCCGUUUUGACGGAGAUGACAAACCAGCUAUAAUUGUUUUAGAGAAAACCCCAUUCGAUAUACGAGAUAUAUCUCAGUUAUUCACUUCAGAUUCACGAUUAGAAUUAAAAUUUUGGAAUAACAUUUAUGGAAACUAUCAUGUCUACCCUCAAACUGGCUUCAAUGGCAUUAGUGUGCAGGUCAUUCAUCCAGCAACUGAGAGCGACUUUUUGAAAUUUGUUGAAGUGCCUUUGAUUAUGGUUAAUGAAACCAAAGAUUUAUAUGAAUCUGCUGUUCUUCCUUACUUUAAAUCAGUUUCAGAAAAGAUUCAGGAUUGUAUUAACAAUUCCAACGAUGAAGAUAAGACUAUUUAUAAUGAUUCUGGUGAAAGCAGCAGUUUUGUUUUGCUGAAAGAUGAUGUAGAAAAAUGCUUCUGUACGAGCACUCAUUUUAGAGCUAAAGCUGUGGUUUCACAAAAAGAUAUUUUGUCUUUGAGAUGUCUUAGUGCAGCAAAUUUACCAUUUCUUAUUAAGUUACAGAAGAAAUGCCUGGAGGAACUGAGUGCCAAAUAUGAAGUUCCUGUAUCUAAAAUAGAAACUUAUAUUACUUAUCCACCAGCAAGUUUUCCUUUUCAUGUAUUUUUUGAAACUGUUGAAAAAGACUCCUCAAUUCCUGUGGAAAAAGCUCAUUCUCUAACAACAGUUAUUUCCAAUUUACAAUUAAUACCUGAUUAUUAUCAACGAAUUACAUUAACCUACUCUUUGCCUGAAUCAGAUCCUUUGUUGCAGAGCAUCAAUGAACAUAAAACUAAUUCUGCAGGAAAAGAAUAACAUUUACAUUUGUGACAGGCAUUGCCAAUUUUUUCAUUAUAGUCAGUGACACCCAAUGUUGUAUAUAGUAGAAUCUCUCUUAACUGGCAGUAAUGGGAACGGCCAUUCCAGGAAUUUUUUUUCUUUUCCCCUCAUUAACUGAAUAUGCAUUUUCUAAAACUGAUCUGGUCAUGUUUUGUAAAUUCAACUUUUCUUAUUGCAGUUUCAACAUUUAAAUUUCUUUUGCUGAAUGUUUCAAAGUCUUGACUGCAGUUAAUAAAUAAUAUUGAAAAUUGUGCAGAUUAUUCAAAAUUUAUUAAAAUUUGUGUCCUUCCAUUUAACUUCCUUGAACUUUAUCCUCAUUUUCUGCUUCAAAUUUUUUCUCUUUUCCCAAUGCAUGUUUCUUUCAUUGUUGUGGUUAUUCUAUAACUAUGUCUAUAGGAAACUAUCACCUCAUAUUCACUAAACCAUUACAUAUUUUGAAUUAUUUUUUUUAAUCUUCCAAAUUUAAGUUUUAACUAUAAAUCUGUUUCUUCAAAAGUAUCAGUGCUUUGCUACUGUCAGGUAUGAGAGAUUUUAUUGCAAAAAAAUUUAAAGCAAUUGCAUCAUUAAUGCGUGUAGCAAUAAACUCAUUGCUUUGUGGCUAAGCAAAAUAAAUUGAUUUCCAUGAAAUUAAACAUUGUAAAAAUAGUUUUAUUACAUUAAGAAGUGAUACAUAACAUUUAAUUGUAUCAUUAUAAUUGUAUCAUUGUAAUUUAAUUGUAUCAUUAUAAUUGCAAAUAAUGAUAUACUUGGUAGUGUAUUUUUUCUAUCAAUUUUAAUUGUCACUGACAUGAAGUUAUGCCAAGCAUAAAUAUCAUUAAAUGAAUUUUUUGUAACAUUUCCAGCAGUGAUUUUUAUUGUUAAUUUUUCAGUUUUAAGUACAAAUAAGAUAUCUUUGUUAAAAGCUUUUUUCCCCCCACCAAAAUCAAUUUUCACUUGCCAAAAUGGAAGUUUAACUCGCUCACUAUUAUCUUAUUUUCUUAUACAUGUUUAUCUUAUCAUUUUGCACAUAUUUAAUUAAACAUAAGAUAAUUUGUUAUUCUUUGUGUGGUGGCUGAAUAAAUUUAAUUUUUUUUUUCUUUUUGGUUCAUGUGUACUCAUAAUCUCAUUUCACUCUCAUCUAUGUAU